ACACAAGACACCGUAGCAAUAGGACCCAUCUUUUCUCUCUCUUCCCUAUACAGUAAGGGGUACAAGACAUGGUCGACAGGAUCAACAACGGUAGCAGCAGCAACCACGACGACGGCAGCAUCAGCUCAACGCAGGUGUGGUCGGCAGCAUAUGCUGGCGUGGAGGUGUUCCAGCAGCUGUACAACGGAACGGCGGUGAUGCGUCGGCGCAAGGACUCGUACGUGAAUGUGACGCAGAUCCUAAAGUGUGCCCAGUACGACAAGCCACACCGCACUCGGUUCCUUGAGCGCGAAAUUCACACUGGUAUCCACGAAAAGGUCCAGGGUGGCUAUGGAAAAUAUCAAGGGACCUGGGUGCCGCUUGAUCGGGCAAUUUCGCUGGCCAAGCAACUGAAUGUGUACGAUGCACUGAAAUACGUGCUCGAGUACAGCCCGGCGCCUGGCGAGAAACCCCCAACGGCGCCGCGCAGCCUGGAGUCGCUCCGCAAGCGCAAGAGCGCAACUCUCAAGGCCUCGGGGCCAGGCUCGGCUACAAAGCGGCGUGCGUCGGGGACUCUGCGCCGGUACCCCUCAUCUGGCUCGCUGUCGAGUAUCCUGAACAAGCCUGGCGACCAAAACAUGCAUCCGGCAGCGCUAUCGCAGACUCAGCCGCCGCCCUCGCACUACUAUACCGCUAGCAACAAUGCCACCGCGCUCCCACCAGCCACACACAACACCCAACAGCUGCCGCCUGCCUACAACUCCCGCAAGCGGGGCCGCCUAUGA